GAUGGUUCAGGCAGAUGCAGUCGAGAGCCUUCUCCCCGAUCCGGGAGCUUGGUCUCCCCUCCAACUUUCUCGCGUUUCCAUGGCGGUUUGGUUACUGAUGUCUGAGAUGCCAGAUGGCCUCAAAUAAUGAAGAUGCUAUUGCUUGGUACCAAAAGAAGAUUGGAGCCUAUGAUCAGCAGAUAUGGGAAAAGUCUAUAGAACAGACUGAGAUGAAGGGCUUCAAAAACAAACCCAAAAAGAAAGGCCGCAUACAGCCUGACUUGAUAGAUGUUGAUUUAAUCAGAGGUUCCACAUUUGCCAAAGCUAAACCUGAAAUCCCUUGGACAUCUCUUACAAGAAAGGGGCUUGUGCGGGUUGUGUUCUUCCCCUUGUUUAGCCGUUGGUGGAUACAAGUGACCUCCUGGCGUAUUUUUACAUGGCUGCUAGUUCUCUACCUUCUACAAGUUGUAGCAAUUGUAUUGUACUCCAUGUUGCCAGUUGUGAGUGCAAGUGAAAUUAUCGGACCAUUGUGCCUUAUGCUACUUAUGGGGACUGUACACUGUCAAAUAGUAUCUACUCAGUUAACUAAGCCCUCAGGAAUCGAUGGAAGCAGUAUUGGCCGGAGAAGGAGAAAAAUGCGCAAAUUUGCAGGUGGUGAUGGAAGCACUACCUACUCUUCCUUUGACAAAAUCAGCAGAGCAGAAGAGCCACCAGAGUUUUCAUCCAGGAUCAGCAGCUUUUUUGACUCAGUAUUACGCAGAAGGAGCAGGGAGGGGAUGAAAGGGGGGAAACGGGUAUCUGAUAAAGGAACUGAAACCGAACAUAGCAGUGGGACAAAGCGCAGAAUUUCCAGAUCUGAGCAUAGUUUGCAGCGGUCCAAGGAGCCUGGAAUGCCAUUAAAUGUAGAAAAAAGCCCGGUUAGUACCAGACGCUCUGGCGUUUCUGAUGAACUGUCAAGUGAAGAGGACAAUGACACUGUAAGUCAGAGAAUUUUGCUACGCAGAAGUGUGGAAGGUGUCCCUACUGUCGAUAACAGUGAGAAUCAGAGCAGGAAGUCUUCUGUUAGUCUUAAAUCUCCUUCUCCAAACCAGUCAGUAUCACAGGUCAAGGAAGUUGUGAAAUCUAUGCAAGAUUCUGACAGUAUAGUGGAUUCUGAACUUGACACAACAGUAAUUCAUGAGGAGACUAAAUCCCAUUAUAGUAGUGGAUCUCGAAGUGGCAGUGUGUCCCAUAGAGACUCGGAAAGCACCCGUCAUGACUCAGAGACAGAGGAUAUGCUGUGGGAUGACUUGCUGCAUGGGCCCGAGUGCCGCUCCUCUUACACCAGUGACAGUGAGGAAGCCAAAGGAAAAGAUGCAAAAGGGAGCAAACGAGAUAUGAAGGAGGAUGUCUUCCAGCAGAACCACUUGUUCUGGCUGCAGAACACAAGCCCGGCCUCUGCCAAAGUGAGUGCUCUCAUCUGGGAGGGCAAUGAGUGCAAGAAGGUGGACAUGUCUGUGCUGGAGAUCAGUGGGAUCAUCAUGAGUAAGGUUAAUGCCUAUCAACAAGGAGCUGGUUAUCAGUGGCUGGGAAAUAUUGUUACCAUUGGUUUAGCCUUUCUUCCCUUCCUCUAUCGACUCUUCCACUCAAAGUCCCUGGAGCAGCUGUGGGCCCUUUCUAUAAAAGAACUUUUAUAUAUCUUCUGUGGGGCUCCCGCAAUCCCCCCUGUUGUCACCCUUGCAAUCAUCAUUUUCCUUGAGCGUCUGUGCCUCACCUGGAUGUUUUUCUUCAUGAUGUGUGUUGCAGAGAGAACAUAUAAACAGCGAUUUUUGUUUGCAAAACUUUUUAGCCACAUUACCUCUGCUCGGAAAGCCAGGAAGUAUGAAAUCCCUCAUUUCAGACUCAAGAAGGUGGAAAACAUUAAGAUCUGGUUAUCGCUUCGCUCCUACCUAAAGAGGCGAGGUCCACAGCGAUCUGUUGAUGUAGUUGUAUCUUCCAUCUUCUUACUGGCUCUUUCCAUUGCUUUCAUAUGCUGUGCACAGGUUUUAAAAGGUCACAAGACAUUCUUGAAUGCAGCUUACAACUGGGAAUUCUUAAUCUGGGAAACAGCCCUGCUCCUCUUCUUGUUACGUUUGGCAUCCCUGGGCUCUGAAACCAACAAGAAAUAUAGUAAUAUUUCAAUCCUGCUCACUGAACAGAUAAACUUAUAUUUAAAGAUGGAGAAGAAGCCAAACAAGAAAGAACAGCUCAUACUGGUGAACAAUGUCCUAAAACUCUCUACGAAGCUCCUGAAGGAGUUAGAUACGCCAUUUAGACUGUAUGGCCUGACAAUGAACCCCUUAAUCUACAACAUUACACGUGUGGUGAUCCUGUCUGCAGUCUCUGGUGUUAUAAGUGAUCUGCUGGGAUUCAAUAUCAGGUUGUGGAAAAUUAAACCAUGAUGAAGAAGAGAGAAGCGAAGGCCCAUCUCCAGGGCACAAGAAUUAGCAGCAGUGCUACACAAGCCUUGCAGGGCAGCUGAAGGUGCUUUCCGAAUUGUGCCAGUCCUCACAUUAAUAGAUUUCAUCUGUUUUUCAUACAGUCUCACAAGACUUCAGAAUAAAUUAAUUUAUUCUCAAUGAGCCCAUGGCUUGAAGAGAUGGUUAAAUAAACCUUAGUAAAUGACCUUUUUAGAAUAAAGUGACUUUAAUGGGACAAACCUGCAGCUCCCAUGGAGUGCAGCAGUGGGAAAUUAGGUAUGUGUUACGACGUUUCGUUGCAUGAGCUGAAAAAGCCUGUAUUUUUCUGGUCUGAAAGGUCUUGCUAUUAGUCAUUUGUAGCUGUAAGAGAAAAUGAAUGCAUGCUAUGAAGUCGUUACAUAGCACAUUCUUUCAAUUAGGUGGGUGGGCUAGUUGGCACUUAAGUUCUGAUUUUAGAAAGCUGCUUGUUUUUAGCAGAAUCACCUUAUGUUGCAGCUGACCUACUUUAAAUUUUUCACUAGUGCCUCUGCUGAAAAUCCAUUUCUUGAAUAGCACUAGGCUUAGCAGCAGAAGCUUCUAUGAGCCUUGCUUACUGAUGCUGAUUUAGAAGAGAGAGAGAAAAUGGAAUUUAUCUCCACAAUAUAUGAGUAUAUCGUCUUCAGGCAUUUGGCAGUUCAGGCUCCAGUUGCUUAGUAACACGCAAACAGUACCAGAAGGUGGCUUACAAAGGCCUGCUACGCU